GUCCAGCCAUAGUUUGAAAUCACCUCACUGACGAUGAAGUCGGUCAACUUGUCGACGGACACCAAACCCCACACCGAGCUGCCCGACAAGGAGGGGCUGACCCUCUUAUGGGUCGCCCAUGAGGCCAACUUGUGUCAGGAUGUCGAUGACAUGGAAGCAGCAAAACAUAAGCAGCCACCACUGGUGUUCACAGAUAUAAUUGAUGAAGAUGAAGCCGAGAAGGAGUAUUUGUUGUCAAAACCUAUGUGUUUCUUCAUUAUUGGAAAACCAUGCAUUGGGAAAAAAACUCUCGCUAAACACUUAGCAGAUGCAUGGAAGUCAAUAUUAAUCGAACUUGAUAUUUUGAUUAUAGCUCAGGAACUUAUCGAUCAGAACAUUACCGAAAAUACAGAAAUUGGGAAAAUGUUUCAAGACACUCUACUUAGGGGUGAGAGUAUCUAUGAAGAGCUAGUAAUGAAGAUGAUGAUGGACAAACUCCGCUCUACAGAAGUUACUCAUCGGGGUUAUGUUUUGUGUGGAUAUCCUUCUUUGUCUGAGGAAUAUUUGGGAAUUCCAGAACAAAUAGAGGUCAUAGAUAAUCUUGAUCUACAACCUGACUUCAUUAUAAACAUUAAGUGUCCUGAUCGUGACUUGUGUGAUCGUGUGUCUGGACAACGUCAAGAUCCUCAAACUGGGAAGAUCUAUCAACUAGAAGAAUGGAAUCCAGACAAGACAGAGAUAGAACAAAAGAAAAAAGAAGGUGAGGAGGAGGAGACUGAAGAGGAAGAAGUAGUUGAAGAGAUGGAAGAAGAAGAGAAAGCAGCGAUGACCCCACAGCUUAUUGCACGUUUGGUGAAGAGACCUGAAGAUCUUCCCAGAACUUUUGUAAAACGAGUGGCACUCUAUAAAAGCAAAAUGCUGAGGCCUUUAGAGGAAUAUAUGGCUGAUCAUGACCCUCAAUAUCUGAUAGAGCUGGAUGGAAACAGGAAACCUAACGAACUCUUUAUGUCAAUAAUGUAUAAAUUGGAAUUCAUGGGUCUACAACCAACGGCAACAACACAAUUUUUUCACGAUGAUGAGGAGGAAGAAAUACCAGAAGAAAAUGAUGAAGAUGAACUGUUCCGAUCUGUUGCAGCUUUGAAACGUACUGCACCGGGAUACCGCUGGCGUAGAAGCAAGUGGGGUCGAAUUUGCCCCGUGUCCUUAUAUAAAGGGAAAUUUGCUUUGGGCAAACCGCAGUUUGCUGUCAGCUUUCUGGACAAAAUGUAUUUUCUUUCAUCUGAAGAAAAUUUGGCAAAGUUUAUGGCCAAUCCUCGAACCUACCUUCUCCCUCCACAGCCUCACACAGCUUGUAAGAUUGCAAUAUUGGGUCCAAAAUCAUCAGGAAAGACUACUCUCUGUGAAUUGAUUGCACAAAAAUAUGAUGCAAAGGUGCUGGAUAUGUCCAGUCUUAUACAGCCAGGUCGAGAAAGACUAGUCGUUGAGAAUGUUGAAAAAGUUCGCAUGGAAACAAUUCCAUUGGCAAUACUCACAAUUAAAACCAAAGUGGAAAAAGAGUUACUUGAACGGCUUCAAGCUCAGCCACCUCCAUUGGUGAUGGGAAGUACUAUAAAUGAGGAUGACACUCAUAGUACAGAUGCUGCAACUGCAGAGGAACAUGCCAUUGAAGAAGAGACACCACCAGUGGAAGUUCCCGAACCAGUGCAACCAACUGCAGAAGAUCUUGCUGCUAUACAAUUUGUGGUUGACGAAGUGUCUGAGGAACACCCUGAAGUAAAGGCUAUUGUAAAUGAAGCUGUUGAGAAUGCAUCACAUGCCCAAAUACAACUGCCAAUGGAUAUCUACAUGGAAUCAUUGGCGAAAGCUAUUUCAGAGGUACAUGAAGAAAAAAAACAGCAGAACCCUGACAACCCGAUGGAAGGGGGUUGGGUAUUGGAUAAUUUCCCUGAAACAACAGAUCAAUGUAAAGCAAUGGAAGAGAUAGACCUUAUUCCUGAUAAUGUCUUCGUUUUACGUAAUGCUGUGGAAGAUGGGAAAUUCCUCCUCAACAAAAUGUAUAAUAAAAAUAAAGAUGACAUUGAUUUCAACAUAAUACAGAGACUUCAAGCAGUAGAAACAAAAAAGAAGCUUGAAAAACAAGCUGCAGCGGAAGCUUUAAAACAAGCAGAAAUUCAACAGUCAGAAUUAAUAGAAGCUGACGAUAUAGGGUCCCAAUCUAAAUCAGAAGUAUCUGAAGGACAAGGCGUGGCAGAUACAGAUGAUCAACCACCCACAAAUGUGCUUGCACAACCGACAACAGUGAGAACCGAGUCACAACCUCUAACCGUGAAAGAAUCAGAAGCUACAUUUUCUCAAGCAUCUCCAUCCGAACCACAACUAGAACCAGAACCAGAACCAGAAAUCAUAUUACCAGAGGUUCCAGAGGGAGGUUAUCCAGCAGGCCCAGAAAUGGAAUAUUAUCAAAAGAUGCUCGCUGAUUUUGACCAGUACUGGAAAUUAUUAGAGCUUGCUCUUGCAGCAUCCGUAAAUACAAAACUGGAGAUUGCUGGAAAAACCACCGAAGAUCUUCUUAAAGAAGUCAUUGAAGUUGUGGAUAAGCCGUUCAAGUACAGUGGCUGGGAACUAUCUGGUGCAGACAUAGAUGAAGAAGAAGAAGAUGCUGAAGCAGCGGCAGAAGAAGCGGAGGAGGAGGCAGCUACAGAGGAGGAAGAGGAGAUGGAGGAGGAGUAUGAAGAAGAAGAUGAAGACUCAGCUAUAAAGAAGAACAGGCAGCUGGGUGAAAGCAAACAUUACUGCCCUGUGACAUUAAAAGAGAAAUCAGUUCUUUUACCAGGUGAUCCAGAAUGCGCUGCCAAAUAUCAAGAAAAAUAUUACUAUUUUCCUAAUUCAGAUGCAAGAGAUAAAUUUUUGAAAAGUCCAGAAGAUUACAUAAAUAUAAAAGAACCUCUCAAGGCACCUCCAUUGAGACUAUUCAUAUUUGGAGCUAAGGGAUGUGGUAAAACGAUCCACAGCAGAUGGUUGGCAGAUAAACUGGAUAUCUUUCACAUUCAAUUCACUGAACUUCUUCAGGAGCGCAUGAUUUCUAAAACAAAAAAAAAACUUGGGCCUGAUUAUGACGAUGAACUCACCGAGGAUGAGCUGGCUGAUAUAGCAGCUAUUGCAGCCCUUGAGAGAGGGGAACAACCUGAAAUAAUUGAGGACGCACCUGAAGAAAAGCAAGAAGAAGAAAUGGAUUUCACUUCUGAAGAGGAGGCCAUCAAAAUAUUUUUAACUGAAGAAGAACCAUUGCCCACAGAAGUUCUGAACAAUUUCAUUCCAAGAUGGUGGAAUGAAGAACCUUACAAAUCCCGAGGAUUUGUGUUGGACGGUUUCCCUGGUACAUCAGAAGAGACUGAAUAUCUUGUAAAUAAUGGCUUGUACCCAGACGCAGCCAUCUUCAUUAAGGUUGAUGAAAACAAAAUACUGGAUUGGCUUCUUCCUCCAAAACUGGCAAAAUGGAGAAAAAGGCACAACGAAAAGCUGGACCGAAAGAGCAAAAUAAAAGAACUGAAGAAAAAAAUAAAGGAUGACCAAAUUGCUAAAAGAAGGGAGGAACUUCUUGCAGAGCGAGCUGAAAGAAAGAAAGAGAGACAGGCUAGUCGAGCGGAUCUAGCUUCAGAAGAAAGUGAGAUGAGUGAGGAUGACGAUGAAUAUGAGGAGAACAUCGACGAUAUACUCGCAGAUGAGUUCAUGGCAGAGGAGGAGGAGGCUGAUGAGGAGGAAGAAGAAGAGAGUGAAGUCAUCGAACAGAUGAGAAAUGAUAUUGGAGAUAAAUACGAAGCAGAUCAAGAUAGGAUAAACACACUCCGGAUUCAACUCAAAGAUGUUUUGGUGCCAUGCUUUGUGAUAAAUGGAAACCGUAAACCUCACAUUGUCCAUUACAAGUUGUUUCAGAAAGUGGAACCGCUCGUAAAAAACCGUAUUAGUUUGUUUGAAAAAUGUUUUCCCAUUACUAUAAAGCUUGCUCACAGGCUGCUGAACAACUCUUAUAAACGGUUGAGUUCUUUUGGCCGAUGGGAUGUUGUUGAGUUCAAUGAAAGAAAAGCAAUCCAACCUAUCCAAGACAUGCAACAAAACGUCUUUCCUGUUGUCCACCGCAAGUAUGUUUACUACUUUGUGAGCAAGCAAAACAGAGACAAAUUCAUGGAAAAUCCUUUCAAGUACAUCACACAGCCUAAGCCCAGGCCUACUGUGCCCAUCAAGAUUGCCAUUAUAGGACCACCAAAAUCAGGAAAGAGCACCAUGGCCAAGAAGUUAGUCAAAGAAUUUGGACUUCAACGCCUCUCAGCAGGAGAAGCUAUUCGCACAAUUCUGUCUACUCAGAAGAAAACUGCGUUGGCUGUCAACAUAAAUAAACAUCUCAAACAUGGCUUGGUAGUGCCAGAUGAACUUGCCAUCAAGUGUCUGCAACUGGCAUUAAUGGAUGUCGUAUGCAACACCAGGGGGUUUGUCCUUGAUGGAUAUCCAGUAACCAAAGCACAAAUUAACAUACUCUCUGAUAGUAAAAUAAUUCCUGUUAGAGUUAUAGAACUGCAAGUGGAUAUCAAAGAAAUUCUGAAAAGAGGUUUAAUUGACAGAAGGUCACCAGACAGGACCUAUCCCCUCCAUGACAGUUCUCAGAUUUUGUCCAUUCGAAACUCAUCAUUUACUCAUGAGAUUAGUGCUCUCUGGGACUAUUAUCAACGGGAGCAUCAGAAUUGGCAUAUUAUUUAUGGGCAAAACAGCAAGUGGAUGGUGUGGCUGAAAGUGCUAGAAGUUGUCAAAGACAGCGUAGAACGGAUUGAAAUGUAUCUGGAAAGAAUACGUCAAGGUAAAGCAGCCAGUAUUGCUGGUUUGUGCAUCACACCAUAUGAGCUGCAAUCCCGCCUUGGACCGUUUAAGCAAUACUGUACUGUCUCCCUCCAGUUAAAGGGAGAGCUGCACGACUGUUCUGUCGACCCAUCGUUGGAAUUUGCAGCAGAGUUCCGAGGACAUUACUACAAGAUGACUUCGAAGAAAGCUCUGGAUAUAUUCCUGGACGAUCCAGAGAAGUUUGUAGCUCCAUUAGCAGGUCAUGUUCUUCCACCAGCUGAUAUGUUACCAAUAAGACUGACAGCAGCUGGAGUGAAGGCCAGGUUUCCGAAACAUGCCGAAAUGCAGGGCUACUGUCCGGUGACAUAUCUGGAUGGAAAACAAAGAUACGAAGCAUUGAUACCUGGUCGAAUUGAUUUUGCUGCCGAGUACAGAGGCAAAAUAUAUCUCUUUCAGGACGAGAAACAUCUUGAUCAAUUUAUGCGACUUCCCGAGAUGUACUGGGAUCUGAAGCUGCCAAAUAAGCUUCCACCAAUGAAGGAACCAAUACCUCUCUCUUCGCUUCCAAUGCUUGGAUAUAUGGAACAAGGAGCAGCACUAUCUAUAAUUAAAGCAUUGACAGCUGUGGGAUGUCUGAAGCCAAAAUAUCCUUUCUUAAGUGUGACGAAGUCUGCAAUUCUCUAUAUUUCAUAUCAUCUUAAAGCAUACAAUCCAAAUAGCUACCACUAUUUGAGAAAGAAAUACAAAAAGAAGCUGGAGCAGUAUGAGGAACACUGUCACCUCAUCGUCUACCUUGGAUCAAAGAUGAGCAGAAAGUACAGAGAGCCCAAAGACAGACCCAUUGACUUUGAUCACAAAUUACAGACCUUCCUGUCGCUCAGACAUGCUGAUCAUACACAGGCCAGCAUUCCGUAGAAGUAUCAAUCGUCAUCAAAUCUUACACAGUUUUAGAUUGAGCCAUCAUUAGCCAGAAAACAUUUGCCAAGGAUCUUAUUUUACAAUAUCAUUUAUUAAAUGUUACAAUGUUAAAUAGAGAAAGUAUUUCACAGUGCUGUUUUAUUUUUAUUUUCUCUGUGAACUUUUACCUAGCUCUGAGCUGUUUCCAGCUAUCUUAUCCAUUGGCUUCACUACACCACAAGUGCUGUGGACCGUAGACCCUGACCACAGCUUGUAUUGUGAUUCCCACUCCUACCCCCACCCUCCGCCAUUGCUGUCCUGCCUCUAAUGAUCCUGCUGAGAUUUGUAUCUCACUUUGCAGUGAGUAACAUCCAUGAAACUCUGCAUCAUUUAUUUUUGUAUAUUUCAUUAUGUACCACCUUAGCGUAUAAUAUUGUUUGCUCAAUGUGCGUUUAUUUACAAAGAUGUUCACAUUUUAUUGCUUUAAUAUGUUUAUAAAUAGAAAGAUGCACUUGCAAUUAAAAUGUUAUGUAUUUUUGAAAUGUGAUACAUGGAGGCUUUUGGUACAGCUUUGAUGGCUUUAUGUGCUUGUGCCAAUAAAACCAAAUUUAACGCAUGUGUUUCUACAGAGAAAAUAAAGAAAGUCAUGUGGUCA